AUAAUUUAUUAAGUUAUAUAAUAAUAAUUUACUUAAAAACAUGAAAAUAGCGGUUAUAUUGUCAUUGAUUUGUGUCUGUUUUGCGGCACAAAACAAGAGUGCCUCACAGAAUGCGGCAGAUCUUGGUUUCAAGACAUUUGAACACGAAUUCAAUAGUUUCAAGAUAAAUCACAGCAAACAGUACUCGACAGCCGAGGAGGAAGAGCAGAGAAAAGUGAAUUUUUUGCAAACAUUGCAAAGGAUUGAAAAACACAAUGAGUUGUUUAAAAGAGGUCUGGAAUCAUAUGAAAAGGGUGUCAAUCAGUUCGCAGACUUGACUGACGCAGAAUACCAGUCGAUGUUUGUAAUGCCCGACCCAACAGAGCAUAAGCCAGCGCUGGCCGAGCCAUACAUCGCCGACCCCGAGUCCCUGUCAUCGGCGCCACAGAGUUUUGAUUGGAGAUCAUCGGGAAAAGUGACUUCAGUUAAGAACCAAGGUGGUUGCGGAUCGUGCUGGGCGUUUAGCGUAUUGGCUACCCUAGAAUCGGCAUUCCUGAUCAAACACAACCAAAACCUGGACCUAUCGGAGGAGCAACUCGUCGACUGUACAAACAGCCGGUGCGGCGGCCAAACAGUGGACAGCGCUUUCAAGUACGUUCAGGCCCACGGGGUCGAGAACGAGGGCCAGUACCCAUACACAGCCGGCUCCGGGCAUUACAACAAUUGUGGAGACCAGCCGUCGGCCCCACACACCCAUAUACAAGGCUACCGUGGGUUGGGUCACGCCGUGGGUCCUAAUUUGGCCACCGAUCAGGAGAUAAUGGCCGCCAUUCAGGCCAACGGCCCCGUCUCUAUCACGUUCAACGCCGCCGGCAAUGACUUCCGUGACUAUAAGUCGGGUGUAUUGGCCAGUAAUGACAUGGGAUGGACCGCCGCUCACGCCGUGAUCAUCACCGGUUGGGGUACUGAAGGCGGUCACGAUUUUUGGGAGAUUAAGAAUAGUUGGGGCGCCGGCUGGGGUGCUCAGGGUUAUAUCAAGUUGGCCCGU